GCAUAACACGUUGAUUCUCGACGAGGCUACUGCUAUCAUUCUUAUAUGUAUUCAAGCAGCUGAGCAAAAUUGCAAUUUGCAAUCGUAAUCAAGUAGCCCAUGACACACACAGGUUAUGUGCGAUUUAUAGCGGAUUUUAACUCCUCGGUUGUAUGUAUACACGAGAAAAAACAUUGACUGUUGGCAAUCGCGUUUGUCGUGGGAUCGAAUUCACAGUAGGCAAAGAGACUGAUCAGGCGAGUGAGUUGACCGACCGCGUACCGUGACCAACGCUCGACUAAAAAUAUUGGUCUGCACGUAUAUUCGCCAGCACAACGCGCAGCUUAUCACUCCGCGAUUUGUUCUGCAACGAUUAGACAAUAAGCUGACAAUUAUCUCUAUACAUCCAGCGCUUCUCUAGUUGAAUUCUGAAUUGGUGCGACCACUCUUGAGAUCGAGGCGGUUACGUCGAUGCGAAUGAGAUGCUAUACGAUGCAUUAAUAGCAUUAACUCGUGCCUCGAGUGACACUGACAGCUGACAAUUACUCGACAAAACAAUCGGCCCGAUCUCGUGUCCAAGCUUACAAUACGACAGCUCGAGUAUAAUUUAUGCGUCGAAUCAGUGUUAGAUCAGUGCGCGGCAGUCGCUCGAGCCAGCUACUACUUCGGAAAAGCCUCGAAAAGCUCGCUAAAAAAGCUCGGCUCGCAAAAUAUGAAGUGCAGUUGCAUCAGCAGCAUCAGCAAUAACAACGACAACAGCAGUCGUGAUAGCAUUAACGAGAUUAUAAACAACAACAGCCGCAACUUUGGCUGAAAGUUUGCCACGAGAAAUGACUCAAAAUGGGACCCCGACCAGCGUGGAGCUGUUGCAAAAAUCUCAACAGCACGAGCCUCUUUCGUCGCUUGUUACCUAUGCUGGUGACUCAGACCUAUUCAACUCCUUGUCAAGCUUGUUAAUUAAAUCAAUACCAACAGACUCUGUUGACUGGAGAAGAUCAUACGAGAGGCCUAUUAAACAAGUCAGACUUACUGCAACUUUUGUUCCAUUUUCUCAAAACGACUUACCUGUGCAAGCAGAUUGUCAACUUUUGAAGCGGCCUAUUUUUCAUACCUACUGGAGCGAAUGUUCAGAUGUUGAUGUAUACAAAACCUCUCUCAAAGAUGACAUUGACUUGUGGCUUAAAUCUCUGGCCAAAGCUGGUAUUCAAGAUUGGAUGAUAAUUUUAGUUGAAAAUUAUGAUGUAAGAAAAAGCAAUAAGCUACUGCCAAGGACCACUGUACUGGAUAAAAUUCGUAGUGAUUUUGCAGCAAAACAUGCUGACAGAUGUUUAUCGAUCAUCAACCCAAUCAAGUCAGAAUCUCGGUCUGCUGAGUCAUGGAGGGGUUUAAUAGGUAGAAUUAGACAUUUAAUGCUUACAGCAUAUGAUCAGACCAUAUCAAAAUUUCAAAAAAUUAUAAAAGAUCAUAGAGAAAAAAGAAAUGAACUGGGUUGGAAUUUUUGCCAUUAUUUUUUACUACAAGAGGAGCUUGCAUUUAUUUUUGAUAUGUUAGGUUUAUAUGAUGAAGCGUUGAUACAAUAUGAUGAAUUAGAUGCAAUUUUUACACAAUUUGUAUUAAAUUCUAAUGUAACAGACACACCAAAGUGGUUAAAUUCAUUUCAAAGUCCUCUAAACAAUUGGACAGGAGUUAGUCUCAAUAAUAGCAGUAUAGAUUAUCAUACAAGAGUUAUGAUAGCUGAUUGUAAAGCAUCUCUUUUAGAUUUGAGGAGCUACUUGUUUAGUAGACAAUGCGCCAUGUUGCUUGCAUUAAAUCGUCCAUGGGAAGUAGCACAACGUUGUUUGACCUUUGUACAUGACACAAUAAAUGAACUAAGGAUACUCGAAAUCCAAAAGCCAGAAGGUUCAAUUGAGUGUUGGGCUUUUCUCUGUGCAUUAGAAGUAUUAAAUGCUUGCCAGGCAUCAAUUGAUAGCAGUCAGAUGGAUUUAUGCUCCUUACAUACCGCUAGUCUGUGGGCACUCGCGAGAGACAAGCUUGAAAGUUUAGGAAAAUUAUGUGGUCUUAUGCCAGGCAGUGAACCAACCAGUGAACAAUUGCAUACGGUAGUUUAUCUUAUUGCAGGGAUGGGCGACUCAGUGCCUUUGAAACGAGAUUCUUCACAGCUGGGUCCUACAGAUCAGCUAAAAGAAGCUUUAUCUUCCAAAGAGGCAUUCAGAAAGCAAUAUCUCUACCAUACAGAAUUAGCUAUGGGAACUUAUAAACACGUGAAUCGAAUUCGAUCGGCUCGUUUGAUCGGUAAAGAACUGUCUCGUUUCUACAACGACUUGGGAGAGCACCAAAAAGCCGUUGCUUUCCUACUCGAUGCGCUGCAAACGUAUACCGCCGAAGGCUGGUCACAACUGGCGGCAGAGACUCAGCGCGAAUUGGCCGAUUGCUACAAGCAGAUGGACGACGUCGAGCGCUACGCCAAGGUCUGUGCCGCGAUUGCGAGCUCGGCCCUGUUGCCGCCGAGCGUGAGGAACAGCUACCUUGACGAGAUGCUAAGCUAUAUGAAAACUCUCAGUUCGCCGGAACCUUUGAUCACCGAAAUGGAUAGUGCCUUCGUCAUUGAUGAAAUGGAAGUGGAGGUCACGGACAAGAUUAUACAAGAUAGUCAGAUAGUGCUGUCCAUGAAAUUCAGGAGUCUAUUUCCUAGGCCGGUUGUUUGCACGAAAGCUCAAGCUUCCGUUGAAGAAGUCAAAGUGAAAGAGAGGAAAAAAGGAGUAAAAGGUGCCGUGGAUGACGGAAUUGAACUCAUGCUGAAGUGUCAUAUCUCCGACGGUCGACCGAAAGAUCCUUGUCUUGUUCAACUACCAGCGAGAACCGAGAUCAAACUCAACGAUGAUAAAAAAACCGUUGACUCUGCUAAUGUUCAGAUAGGAAGUCGUGCUCGACAACCGGUCAAACGUAGCGACAGCGUGAAACAUCGCAAAACCUCGGUGACCACGAAGGGUGACUUUGGAUUAGCUCUGAGCACCAGCGACGAAAUCGUUUUGCAGCCCGGACUGAACGAAUUGACCCUGAUCAGGAGGCUGGAGCAACCUGGUUAUUACAAAAUAGGGCAGCUAUCGAUGCUCGUCGAGAAGAAAAUGGAAUUCCUAUCGCCCAUAAUCGAACCUCGGCUUUGUUUCGCGGUGGCUAAAAGUCAGCCGAAAAUUACACUGAACUGCACUCGCGACCUGCUGGCGGGUCUGGUGCAACGAGUCACCCUAGUCAUCUCGAGUGGCAGAGUCCGCAUCGAUCCCGAUUCAAAAUUAAAAUUGCGUACUUCCAAAGGCCUGAGCGUUUGGCCUGCUACACAAUCAAAAGCGUCCCGUGAACUGGAAUUCAGCUUACCUGCGUGCGAGCCAUUCGGCACGACAGAAAUCGAACUCCAAGUUAUGGCUGAAUUACCGCCUAAAAGAGAUUCUUCAUCCAUGGAGCAUAAACUUAUGAUUCAAUGCCCAUGGAACGGAGAAGAAAUCAUGACACUACACUUUGGAGCUCCUCUGAUGUCGACGAUGAAACUGCACACAGCGAAAAAGCGAAAAUUUGUCCAGGUCUUGGUGACGGGCUUGUCUGCACAAUUGCUGCAGCUGACAGAGCCUAGACUGACCAGCUCCACUUCGACCGACGUGAACUUUCGCGAUUUGAACCCACGAGUCUGUCAGAAACUCGUUGUUGGUAGUGGCAUGUCGGUCUCUUUCAUUUGGGAACUUGAGAUGGGAAGUGAAAAGUCAGGCACGACUAUACCCAUCAAAAUGAACUUCAAUGUCAAGUAUGUAGCUAUCAAAGACAUAGAAGACUUGGAUGUAGUGGAUAACGUUGCCGAACCCCAAAAUAUCAUUGAUGAUCCACUCCAUAUUCGAAGCAUGGAAAAAGUUGAAAGGGAGAGCAACGAUUAUUGGUGUAAUUUCGAUCUCAACGAUUAUUCCACGCUGUUCACCGUGUCGUCGCGCGUCGAGUCCACCGGAGGCGGGGGCGAAUUCUGUCGCGCCGGUAGCAUGUGCCAUCUCUGUCUCACGGUCACCAGGCUCCAGAAUUCGGCGGCGGCUCAUCAGCUCAUGUACGAGGUACUCGCCGAUCAAGCCAUGUGGGCCGUUUGCGGCCGGACAGCCGGUAUUGUAACUCUGGAACACCAGGACAGGCAGAGCGUUACCAUGGACGUGAUGCCCCUUACCAGUGGCUAUUUGCCCUUGCCCGUGGUCAGGCUCUCUAGGUAUAUACCGGCUCAAGUAGAUCUUAAAAAUGAUGUUUCCAGAAAAAAUGACCUAUCAACAGGAGUAGGUCCAAGAUUGGAGCCUUUUAGUCCAGGUCAGGUUUAUAAUGCAAGCAAAGCUCAGCAAGUUCACAUAUUACCUGCUGCGCCACUGUCAGAGACAUACUGAUAAAAACUAUUAUUUUGUGUUAUAUCAUUUACUUGUAUAGGUGACAGAACUAAUUUAACCAGGUGUAUGAUAUUACUGUUAAAAGUUAUAUAUGUGUUUAUGUUAGACAUUUCUUACAAAUUUGUAAGUGAGUUCUUCUUGAACUAUAGUUAUCAACGAUUCUAUAAAAACAUAGUAACGAAUUCCAUUGAUUGUUAUUUCCUCAAGCAGUCAUUAUUUUUAGAAAA